UGUGGGCGGCAACUAAAGGUUUGUCAGGAACAAUCCUUCCCAGUGUCAGCUUCAUCUCUUUUGUUAUUCUGCAUCUCUUUUAAACUUUGCCUCCCCAGUCCACCGGUCAGUGUCCCGUUCUGUAAACUCCCGGAGAAUUACAGAAUGGACAGUGUGUUCGUUAUAAGGAACAAUCCCGCUAAAGUUGCAGGAGUUUGCGCUUAUUUUCAAUUGCAUUAACGACGCAACACACUCGCGUGGCAAAAGAUAAUAAAUGAUUCGGUCAUGGAGAGAGGGUCUUCGUUUGGAUUACACCGGCGUUCUGUGUUAUUCGCCGUCAUUCUAACUGUAUUUCCAUGUUACUGUCAUGGAAAUUGGAUGUGGCUGGGAUCCACAGCCAGUGGACUGGCGGAGAAGAUGGGCUGCCCGGCUUUGCCGCUUUCAAACAAACUGAAAGAUCUAUGCAAAAGGAAACCCAGUCUUUUGCCGGCCAUUAAAGAAGGAGCGCGCAUUGGUAUCCACGAGUGCCAAAGUCAAUUUAAACACGAAAGAUGGAAUUGCUCCAUCACCAGUGAUUACUCCGUGUUUGGCUUUGAGCUAACCAGCGGUACUAAGGAGAACGCCUUCAUCCAGGCGGUGAUGGCGGCGGCGCUGGUGCACGCCGUGACGCGCGCCUGCAGCGCGGGUAACCUGACCGAGUGCUCGUGUGACCGCAGCCUGCAGGCCGGCGGCUCGGCCGACGAGGGCUGGCACUGGGGCGGCUGCUCGGACCAUCUGCACUACGGCACGGCCAUCAGCAGGAGGUUUGUGGACACGAGUGCCCAACCGACGGACGGGGAACUGGAGGCGGACAGAGAGGCGCGGGCGGUCAUGACCCUGCACAAUAACGAGGCCGGCCGGCAGGCUGUGUCCAAGUUGAUGUCAGUGAACUGCCGGUGCCACGGUGUGUCUGGCUCCUGUGCGGUGAAAACCUGCUGGAAAUCCAUGUCUUCCUUUGACAAAAUCGGCCAAUUCCUCAAAGAGAAAUAUGAACACAGUGUCCAAAUACUGGACAAGUCAAAGAAGAAGGUUCGUCGUAAAGACAAGGAACAGCGGAAAGUGCCAGUGAAGAAGGAUGACCUAGUCCACAUUAAAAAAUCUCCCAAUUAUUGCGUAGAGGAUAAAAAGUUAGGCAUCCACGGGACUCGGGGACGUCAAUGUAACCGAACCUCUCCCGCUGCAGACGGCUGUAACCUGCUGUGCUGCGGAAGGGGAUACAACACGCACGUUGUCCGUCACGUGGAGCGAUGUGACUGCAAAUUCAUAUGGUGCUGUUAUGUGCGCUGUCGGAGAUGUGAAACAAUGACUGACGUACACACCUGCAAGUAGCCAUGGUUUGAACAUGGGAAAACACACCAAAGAAGUGUGAGAUUGCUUUAUUGGAUUAAAUGAACAAUGAACUUCAAACAAAGUUGAACAGGCUGUUAGCAAUAACAUUUUGGAUGGUCAUGAUCUUUGGUUGAGUAGAAUAUAUAUGUAUAAUAUAUUGUGAUUUGUAUCCAUGAGCUAAACCCAGGAAACAUCAACAAGCAGAAGGAUAAGACCAUCACCACUUGAUCUCUCAAAGUGUAUAAAAGCCUCAAAUAUAAAGAGCCAAAAGUAAAACUCUGAGGAACGGCACAAGUACUGGAAUACUACUACUACACAAGAGACUGUAGAUGCUGGAAUCUGAAGCAAAACAAACAGAUGGAGGAACUCAGAGGGUCAGGUAGCAUCUUGCUGUUGGGCCCAAAACAACUAUUCCUUUGCCUGCAUAGAUGCUGCAUAGCCUGCUUUCUUCAACAAUGUGUUAAAAAAAAACUGAAAUACAAUCAUUAAGUGCAUUUUUAGCAGAGUUUGAAUAAAGUACCAUUUCAACAUUCCAAAAUAAUUGCUUGAAAACGUUGUAAUUUUAUGAAGCUCAAUAGCACAACUUAUAUAAAAUGGCUGUUUAAGAAGGAACUGCAGAUGCUGGAAGGGGAUGUGAACAGUAUUUCAUUAUUCUAUUGAUAAAUCUGAUCAAUCUGAAGAAGGGUUUCGGCCCGAAACGUUGCCUAUUUCCUUCGCUCCAUAGAUGCUGCUGCACCCGCUGAGUUUCUCCAGCUUUUUUGUGUAACCUUAUAUAAAAUGGCUGCUGUACUUUGUUAAACUAUAGAACAAAUUAAACAUAUGAAAAUGUAGCAUUGUCUGGACAAGAUAUUCAAUUUUCUUCUGGAAGAUAAAAUCUAAAUUAUUGAUCACUUACAAUUGAAAACAUGGAGACACUGUAUUUCAGUUGCAUGGCAACAAUGUGUCUAAAAUCGUAUUACUUACAAAGUAACAUAAUUUAACUUACUAUGGUGUGAUCUAAUAUAGCAGUUCAUACCUCUUGAAAAAAUAUAUGUAUAGAGAGUUUUAAUUUUGGACGACAAGCAUUCUAACAGCUAAUAAUAUCUGUAAAUAUUUAACUUAUGCAAAAUGUGUAAAAGGACAGCCAUAAUCUCACUGUAAAAAUUGUAGAUUAUCCCAAUUGCUAUGCUACAUUAUGUAUAAAAAUUCAGGAGAGAAUUGAAAACAUUUAAAAUGUGUAAAUUAUUUUGUCUUUUUGAUAUCUGCGGGUUUCUGGUAGAUGACAGUUUUGGAGUUUAAUUUUUGAUGCAGCAUAUUCGGCAGGAGAUAUUCCUAAUUGGAAAACAAGAUUUUGAUACAACACAUGCAGUUUUUAAAGUUACCUUUUCAGAAAAUCUAGGCUUGUGUGUAACAGUUUUCCUAAUUUCCCUUAAACCUCUAGUAUGAGUGAGGAUGAUAAGUUGUGAAAAAUAACAGGGCGGUGAAAAAUACCACGUUGAUUAUUUAAAAGAAGGAGUUUUAGUUUAAUGAUGACCUUGGGAUUAUAGGUCUUGCCAGAUUUGUUUGUAAAGAUGAAAAAUAACAAGCAACAUAAUCUGUUAAGAAUUUAAUAGUUUAUCAUCUGCCUUGACAGUGAAUUAAUCCUGUUAUAUAAACAUUAUUGCAGGCUUCCAGUUUGUAUAAUUAACGGAUGAUGUUGUAAAAACAGAGAAGCAUCAAAAAUUGUACAAACAUCCGUGCACGAGAGUACACACUUCAGAUUACAUGAUAUUUUUAAUUUAUAUUACAUCAUGUCAUCUAAAAAGACAUCCAAACAUUUAUACAGGAGGUUCUUGCCAUCUGCUUGUAUGCACAUCUAAAAUUGUCAUAGGCAUGUUUUUUUAAUCAGGCCUGUAAGGUCUUGAGACAAACCUUUUAUCAAAAUAGUGCAAAACAAGAAAACUUCAAACUGCCCACAGAGUAAAAUAUAAUUUGACGCUAUUAUUUAGGGAAUUCAUUGGAUUUUGUUUUACACACACAUGGGGGGUUCCAAUUGUCUAAUCUAUAUUUAAAAUGUCAUUGCUUAUUAAACAAAUUUGUAAUACUCUUUUAUUCUAAUUGUGGCAAUUAGGAUGUAUAAUCUUUCAAUUUAAUUAAACGUGUUGGCUUCCUGGUGUUAGUAUGCAAUUCAGUCCCUUUGAAAUUAGAUUGAUUCCAAAAUCAAUCAUGCCAAAAUGAAAAUAAUUGUCUUUGGAGAUAUACAUAUACAAAUUGAGGAUGUGUAUUUGCAGGGCACCCUGUUCAGAUAAAGGGAAAUAUAAUAGCAAGCAGUAAAAUAUGUGACAGUUAAAUCAAUGUAACAUUGGUCUAAGUAUAUUGGUUUUUAAAUAUUUUUUGGUGAAUGAAACAUAUGUUAGAACAUAAUAAAUAUUUUACUGCAUCUUUAUAUGUUGCUUUUGAUGUGUUAAAUAUGGAUCAUUUGAUAGCAUGGUUGCCUUGGCGUCUGAGGUUUGUAGAUUUAAGUUCUACUCCAACAAAUAAAUCUAGGUCAAUAAUCCCAGUGUAGAACUGAGACACUCUCAGAGGUCCUGUCUUCAAGGUGCAAUGUUAAAUCCUGCAUGCCCCCUGCUUAGAUACAAGAGAUCCUAAGCAACAAUUUCACAAAAUGCAAGAAUUUUCUUAAUCUGGCCAAAAUACAUAUGUUAAAAGAUGAUUAUUGCCAUUUGUAGAAGCCUUCAAUGUACAAAUAACUACCAUGUUUUCUACAUCGUAACAGUGACUACAUUUCAAAGUACUUUAGACAUGAAUUGUUGUGGCAUGUCCCAAGGCUAUAAAGUGCUCUAUAAAAAAAAUGUUUUAAGGAGAUGAUUUCAUUGUGUUGAUUAAUGUACACUAACUAAAAUACUUUUCCAGGAAAUGUGAAGUUUCCAUUACAUUUGUGACUUACGAGAUGAGUCACUCAUAUAAGAUGCCUAGCCCUGAGCUCAUCAUGUCGCCACAGUGUUUAUGUGACUACGUUGGGGUUAGUAUGGUUGGGGUUAGUAAUUUCAUUGAAUGUCAAGGGUACGGAGUUGGACUCUUUUGUUGGAGGUAAUCAUUGUCAAAAGGAUUAGUGAUGCAAAUGUUCACUGCCAGUUAUCAGCUCAUGCCUAUUUGAUGUUUGGACUACUCCAUUUGCCGACAGUGGCAAAUCGAAUUGAGCGCCAUGCAAUCAUCCCCAAACGUCCCCCUUAUGACUUUCUUUCCGAUGAA